CCCAUGAUUCCUCAGCUGUUGUUGUGCAAAGUUGCAGGCUUGUAAGUUACAGACGUCUGGUUUUUGCUUGAUGCACCAAAAAAGCCGCUUUCCGACUAAAUAUUUUCGUUCAACCAUGGCUUAAAAAGCGAUACUGCCCUUGUUUAUUGGUACUCAAGUUAAACAGGUGAACCGUAAUUUUCUUCGAUACGAAGAAGACGUGACCUACGUUCGCGAUCGCGCCAUCGAAUCGAAAAGACAACUCGAGCGGACCCUGAGCGAACCAAACGACGAUGGACAUGAAGCGGAAGUUUAACGAGUCUAUUCACGAUGAUGAUAGCGAUUGUGAUCAGUCAGAAGUCGGAGAUGCCGAGUCUCUCAGAGAUUCUGGUGAUAGCAAAGGAUUCCAGAAAGGAGCCAUAAAGCAGAACCAUAGUGAAAUUGAGAAAAGGCGCCGUGAUAAGAUGAACACUUACAUCAAUGAGCUAUCUACAAUGAUCCCAAUGUGUAAUGCAAUGUCUCGCAAGCUGGAUAAGUUAACAGUUCUGAGAAUGGCUGUGCAACAUAUGAGGGCUCUGCGAGGUAGAGCCGUCCCUUUUACGGAGACCAAUUACAAGCCAGCCUUCUUAUCUGAUGAGGAUCUAAAAAACCUUGUGCUUGAAGCAGCUGAUGGCUUCUUGUUCGUAGUUGGAUGUGACAGGGGGCGUAUACUCUAUGUGUCAGAUUCUAUACAAAACUCACUCUAUCUGUCACAGCUUGAUUUAGUGGGAAACAGUUUUUAUGAUCAAGUGCAUCCUAGAGAUGUGGCAACCAUCAAGGACCAGCUGUCAUCCCUUGAGGGGACCCCCAAGGAGAGACAAGCCCAGGAAGCUGCUAAAAACAUCAACAUCUCUCCAAAAAUAGAGACGAACAAAAAUCAGGGGCAGAUGUGUUCUGGAGCACGAAGAUCGUUCUUUUGCCGUAUGAAGUGUGGGGUAAAGAUCAAGAAAAGUAAAGCAGACGAUUCAGACUCGACACCAGAACCAUGCAUUAUGAACCGCAAGAGCAAGGCCAAGCAAGUUGGUAACUCCGAUAAGAAGCAGUUCUCGAUUGUUCAUUUCACCGGUUACCUAAAGUCUUGGCCGCCGACUGGUGGCUCUGAGGACGAAGAGGACGAAGACAACGACGCGCGAAACCUUAGCUGUCUCGUGGCCGUCGGAAGGCUCGUCGAGGUUUCCGAUGAGAUGACGGACUUUUCCCGACCGGAUGUCGCCAAGCAGUUCACCUCGCGACAUUCAAGCGACGGAAAGUUUAUCUACGUGGACCAGAGGAUUGUGUCAAUAUGCGGCUACUUGCCUCAAGAAGUUAUUGGUACGUCAGGGUAUGACUACUUCCACCCGGAGGACCUGGAGAUCGUGGCACAGUCACAUAAGAGCGCGCUACAGGGAGAGACCGCCGUAUCCUCCUACAGGUUCCUCUGUAAAUCAGGUCACUAUAUUCCUCUGAGAACAAGGUCAACUCUGUUCCGUAAUCCAUGGACGAAAGAGAUCGAGUUUCUUGUAUGCACCAACGAUGUCCUCACUGAGUUUGACUUGCCGCCGCAAAGCAACACCGUGGUAGUACCUCCAACAAGCCAGAGGCCGAUCCUUCCAGCCCCGAGUCCACAGACACUCAUGACCAUGCAGAAUUCGAAACCGGGAGUCAAGCAGCUAUUGGAGGUGCUUCAGAGGCAGCAGGGUAAGGGUGGGAAGAAAGGACGAGCAUUUCAGUACCCUUCAUCGGAGGAUGGGGAGGCGUCCACCCCUAAACCAUCCAUGAUUGGCAUCCUUCUCGCUGAAGAAGCACAGGUUGAUGAGCAGUCGACAAAACGGCAACCCGUGGUUCUCGGCAGUUCAUUGCCGUCCUCUACCACUGGCUCGGUUACAGGAGGCUACAGCGCGGGUCCUGAAAGCAUUGGGAGCAGUAUCGACUUCAGUAUGAUGAACCCUGGCAUGUCAACCAUGAGCGACUCGAGACUGCCUCUCUACCCUCAAAGCGACAUGGGAUCGGUGCAGUCGGCAAAGUUUUCCCGCGGUUCGUACGGGAUGCCGGAAAUGACACAACCUCACUUGCUUGAGCAGGUGAUUAGUAUGCAGCAUGCAAUCGAGUCUAUGGAAAGUCCCAUGCAGCAAAGCGAGGAGAGCAUGGCGGUUUUCAUGAACAUUCUAGAAGAAGAUGCCGGUCUUGGAGGGGAAUUCAAUGACUUGACCUUCAAAAGUAGUAAUAACUAAACUUUUAAGGCCUGACUAAAUAUGGAUCGCUGUAGCAAAUGUUUUCUAACGAUUCUAUUUUAGCUAGCGCUAUAUUAAGGGAAAUUGCAAAAACGUUUGUAGCCGGCGACAUGAGAAUGUUCCUUGACUAUUAGAGACUAAAAACUUUUGUAUCUCAGCUACUGGAUCUAGCGUGCGCUAUGAAGUUUUCUCCGGCUGGCUGAACUAGAAAACAUCUCCUACCAUAUAUCAUGUAUCCUAAUUUAGCCAGGCCUUUACUGGAAUCCUUUUUCUGUACAUACAUGACGCUUUUUUCCCGAGAUAUAGCAUUCGUGAAGACUAUUAAAGCGUUCGCGAAACAUA